AUGAGGCAAUGGAACACUAUCCUUGAGACCAACUUCGAGCCAAUAGCACAAGUAUCCAUCAAAUGUUGCAUAUAUCAAGGAGAUGCUCUGUCCUCACUGCUGUUCUGCAUGGGAUUGAAUCCCCUCAACAAGCUUUACCUGGCUCACUGGCUACAAAAUGGGAUCUACCUCUACAUGGACGACAUCAAGCAUCAAGACAUCAAGCUAAGAGUGAGCAAAGUAUUGACUCACGGAUCCACACCACCUACAGCAGUAACAUCGGAAUGUUGUUCGGACCGGAGAAGAGUGCCUGAAUGGUGA